AUGCGGAAGUACGUUGCCCGUUAUGUGGACCACUGCGAUACCUGCUCCCGAAUUAAGCCGGCCCGACACACCCCGUAUGGUCUCCUCAAACCAUUGGCUCCCCCAGUCAAACCUUGGUCUUCGUUAUCCAUGGACCAUGUUACAGGCCUACCCGAGUCCCACGGAUCUAACGCCAUCUUAGUAGUGGUCGACCGGCUCACCAAAAUGGCCCACUACAUCCCCACGAGAGACACCGCCGACGCCCCGGAACUGGCCCGACUAUUCCUACAAUACAUCUGGAAAGCACACGGACUGCCGAAAGACAUAGUAUCAGACAGGGGCACAACCUUUACCUCGCAGUUUUGGAAGUCACUCUGCGGCCAAUUGGACAUCAAACCCCGAUUCAGCACAGCCUUCCACCCACAAACAGACGGACAGACCGAAAGGGUAAACGCCAUUAUGGAGCAAUACUUACGGGGCUACGUCAACUACCAACAGGAUAACUGGGCAGAGUAUCUUCCCCUGGCAGAAUUCGCGCAUAACAAUGCCUCUACGGAACCGUUGGGAGUCAGCCCGUUCUUUGCCAACUAUGGGUAUAAUCCCCAACUAGACGUCCUCCCUGCUGAAGAAACGCGCAAGGUCACACCGAAGGAGGUACUGGAAUUUGCGAACUCAAUCUCCACCUUACAGGCUGCCCUGCGAUCAGAGAUCCUGUAUGCACAAGCCGCCGCCGCCGAUAGUGCAAACGCCGCCUGA